UCACGAGGGGCGGGGCCGGUGCAGCGGGGUCGGGAAGGACUCGGGAUCGGGAUCGGGACUGGGAUUGGGAUUGAGAUCGGGCAGAGCCGCUCCCGCGAUGUCGGUGAACGCGGACCUGCGGAGGGAGCGCGCCGCCGCCACCUUCCAGCCCGAGCGGCUCACCCACAUCCUAGACGGCGGCCCUGAGCGCACCCGCCGCCGCAAGGAGAUCGAGGCCUUAGUUCUUAAUGACCCUGACUUCCAGCACGAGGAUUUGAACUUCCUGUCCCGUAGCCAGCGCUAUGAGCAAGCCAUCAGGAAGAGCUCCUUGAUGGUGAUGAAGCUAAGGGAAUAUGGAAUUGCAGAUCCCGAGGAGAUCUACUGGUUUAAAAGCUUUGUUCACCGUGGACGGCCUGAGCCUCUGGACCUUCACCUGGGCAUGUUCCUCCCCACUCUUCUCACCCAGGCCACCCCAGAGCAGCAGGAUCGCUUCUUCAUGCCUGCCUGGAACCUGGAGAUCAUUGGCACUUAUGCCCAGACUGAAAUGGGCCAUGGGACUCAUCUUCGGGGCCUGGAAACGACAGCCACGUACGACCCCUCUACACAGGAGUUCAUCCUCAACAGCCCCACUGUCACCUCCAUUAAGUGGUGGCCAGGUGGACUUGGGAAGACGUCGAACCACGCCAUCGUCCUGGCUCAGCUCUACACCCAGGGCCAGUGCAAAGGCCUGCACGCCUUCAUUGUCCCCAUCCGGCAGCUGGGCACACACGAGCCUCUGCCAGGUAUUACAGUGGGUGACAUUGGCCCCAAAUUUGGCUAUGAUGAAAUGGAUAACGGCUACCUGAAAAUGGACAACUUCCGAAUUCCUCGGGAAAACAUGCUGAUGAAAUAUGCCCAGGUUGAACCAGAUGGCACCUAUGUGAAACCAGUCAGUGACAAGUUGACCUAUGGCACCAUGGUGUUCAUCCGUUCCCUCAUCGUGGGUGACUCUGCUCGCUCGCUGUCCCGGGCCUGCACCAUCGCCAUCCGCUACAGCGCCGUCAGACACCAGUCUGAGCUGAAGCCAGGGGAACCAGAACCCCAGAUCCUGGAUUAUCAGACCCAGCAAUACAAACUCUUUCCUCUCCUGGCAACAGCAUAUGCCUUCCAUUUUGUGGGAGCCUACAUAAAGGACACCUAUCAUCGUAUCAAUGGGGACAUCAGCAAGGGGGACCUCAGUGAGCUGCCAGAGCUGCAUGCCCUGACAGCGGGGCUGAAGGCGUUCACCUCCUGGACUGCCAAUGCUGGCAUUGAGGAAUGUCGGAUGGCGUGCGGCGGGCACGGCUACUCCCGCUGCAGUGGCAUUCCCGACAUCUAUGUCACCUUCACCCCGUCCUGCACCUACGAGGGGGAGAACACCGUCAUGAUGCUGCAGACUGCCAGGUUCCUUAUGAAAAGCUACACCCAGGUGACCUCUGGACAGCAGGUCAGUGGCAUGGUGUCCUACCUGAACGACCUCUCCAGGCAGCGCAUCCAGCCCCAGCACGUGGCUGCCAGGACUGUCACCGUGAGGAUCAAUGACCCCACCAGCUUGGUGGAGGCCUACAAGUCACGUGCUGCCCGGCUUGUAGAAUCUGCAGCAAAGAAUCUGCAGGCUGAGCUGAACCACAGAAAGAGCAAGGAGGAUGCCUGGAACAGGACUUCUGUUGAUCUUGUGCGGGCAUCAGAGGCCCACUGUCACUAUGUGGUGGUGAAGCUGUUCACAGCCAAGCUGGCCGAGGUCGGUGACGCCGCCGUCCGCGCGGUGCUGACCGACCUGUGCCUCCUCUACGCCCUGUUCGGCAUCAGCAGGAACGCAGGAGAUUUCCUGCAGGCCGGUAUCUUGACCAGUGCCCAAGUAACCCAAGUGAACCAACACGUGAAGGAGCUCCUGGCUGUCAUUCGUCCCAAUGCAGUGGCACUGGUGGACUCCUUUGACUUCCAUGAUGUCCAUCUGGGGUCUGUGCUUGGCCGCUACGACGGCAAUGUCUACGAGAACAUGUUUGAGUGGGCAAAGAAAUCCCCACUGAACAAAACACAGGUUCAUGAGUCUUUCCAGAAACACCUGAAGCCAAUGCAAGCCAAGCUGUGAAGCCUGAAAGUUUUUUAAAAUGCACUCUUGCCCUGCCCUGAAAAGUGGAUGUUUGCAUCCUUCCUUCAGGCACCCAAAUCAAACCUUUGAAUGCUGUAGCUGUAGGACAGUGAAUAAUUGUAGCCUUUCUUUCCUCUUUUAUGAAUGGAGGAGGUGUUUGGGGAGAGUGCGUAGGGAUUGAUGCCUGUUUUUAAAGUGCAAUUAUAAUGGUAAAAUUAACCUUUUAAAAAUCUGGGAAAGCUUUAUGGAUUUAUACAAGGAUUGCUUUUGUGAAGCUGCUAACUAGAGAGAAGUUCCUGUAUAUGGAACUGGAAAAGGUGGCAGGGCUUCACUAUGAUGUAGUUGAUGGCCCUCAGGCAGUAGUUUCUGGUGAGCAGUUAUGUCCUCCCCUCAAAAAAAGCAUCAGUGUCUUGAUUUUUUUAAUUUUUGGUUUUUAAGAUUAGCCCCACCUGUCUCCUCAUUUGGCAAAUGUUUGUGCUGUGUGAAGCCUCCUGCAGAGCUCUGUGCAUGUGAGUCUAAGUGUGGCACUGUUUUCCUGAUGGAUCUGGGAAGUAAAUACCCAUCCUUCUCUGGAGCUCUGCUUCAGGCAUCUUUCCAGAAGAAAUCCUUGUGUUUCCUUUGUUUUCCUUCUUUCACUGCCCUGCACAAACUCCUUUUUCCUUUGUGACAGCUCUUGGUUAAUAGGAGGUCAAAGGAGAACAGAGUGAUGCUGCUCUGAGGAUAAAACCAACUCACAGUAAUCAGCUGGGUGCUGAUGACAGAUGUUCUGCCCCUCUUUUCACUCUUAGCAUUUUCUAGCACUAUCUCAAAGCACUUUACAAAUGUUACUUAUGUUGAUUUGGUGGGAGAAAAACCACAUGUAGUGGUAAAAACUGCAAAUUUGCCCUGGAAUGAUGAAGCCAGUAUUGGAGGGCAGAAAUCAGUUGACCAAUAUCCUCAGGUCUUCUGAUUUUUCUGGGAUGUUGUCCUGGUUUCUAAAGGCAUCUGCCAAGAAAACGACAAUCCCAAGUGAAGUGUCCAGGGUUUUAUUAUUUUUACUACCCACGCAUUUCCAAGGAGCUUUCUCUGAUUUGCUUAAUUUUGUUUUGAUACCAACUUGGGCCUUGCAUGGUGCUGUCUGAUUGAACAGGAAGAUUUCAGCUUGGAGGAGGACAUCCUGCUGCCCAGGGAAAUCAGUGCAACAGCUACAACCAAGCAAAAUCAUCACUGCUUUUCCACACCAGUAACUCUGUCCAGUAACCAUAAAACCUCUUCACACUAGAGAAGGACAACUCUGAGCUUAAAAUGGUAAAAAGCUUCAGCAUAAACCCAAAUCCUGCAGUUCUGAGGCAACACCUGAGAAGCUGCUUCUCUGCAGCUUUGGAAUCCGUUAGUCUCUAAUUUUGAAUCAGUUUUCUGGCACUAACAAUGAUCAGACACAAGGUUUGGCUCCACGUGCAGUAGCUGAACAGAAAAAAAAUGUUUAAUUUUAAAUAAACUAAUCAAACUUGCCUUUUGGCUGCUGAGUGUUUCAGGUCCCGUGGAAGUUCAGGAUGCCAGAGGAGGCUGAGGGCUCUGCCUUCCCCGUGUCCAGUGUAACAGGCUGCUGGCCUGGGGAGGGGGGAUGGGGGAGCAGAUUAAAAAUAUGCUAAUGAGAACAGCACUAGCUGUGUACAGAUCUAAUAAAUUACAAAAAUGUGUUUUCAGACAAAA